AGCCGUGAGGGAGCUGCAGCUGAGCUGCCUGCGAGUCUCGCACUGGCAGAGCAGGUGGUUUUGUGGGCUCCGCAGCUCCCACAGCCCCACGGAGCCCUCGGUGUUUGCAGCUGUAACCUCAGGGAGGCCCCACUACCCCGGACUGCCCUAUGUAAAUGUGGUGUAUCCGGCUGUGACCCCAGUCCCGGGGCUGAUCUAGCAGAGACAGCAGCGCAGUCCCCGGGUGCUCGGCUCCCUGAAGGGCAGACAUCCAGCAGAGAGAGGAUAUGUGGGCUUCAAGCCUUGGCUCAGCCCUGAAGGAUGCAGGAGAAGACAGGGAUGCUCCUUUGGAGCCGCGGCCGCUGAGGUGCGGCUCCAGCCCGAGGUGGUGAUGCCGCGCUGGGCAGCCCCGGGCGGCCCCGGCAGCCCCAAGCACCCACCCCGAGCUGAAGUCACGGUAGAGGCAGAGGGCCAGGAGCUGGUCUUGGAGCUGGAGAAAAACAGGAACCUCUUUGCCCCAGGCUACACGGAGACCCACUACAGCCAGACUGGGCAAGCCCAGAGCACCCCCCUGACCCACACGGAGCACUGCUUUUACCACGGGGCCGUGCGCGGCUGGGAGCGCUCCAGCGUCGCGCUCAGCACCUGCCGAGGGCUGCGAGGACUUAUCGUUCUGAGCAGCAAUUCCAGUUACAUCUUGGAGCCAGCUCCUGACAGCCCAGAGCAGCACUUGAUUUACAGGGUGGACAACCUGAGGCUGCAGAGAGGAGCCUGUGGCUACCAGGGCACUGUGGAUGCAGCUGAAGAUUGGCUCAGGGACUUCACAACUGGGAUGAAAUCACCAGGCCAGAGGGUAAAACGGGACACUCUGCAGGCUACAAAGUACGUGGAGCUCCUGCUGGUGGCUGAUUAUGCAGAGUUUCAGAAACAUCGCUUCAGCAUCGAAGAAACCAGGCAUAAAUUAGUGGAGGCUGCUAAUUACGUAGAUAAGUUUUACAGGGCCUUGAAUAUCCGGAUUGCUUUGGUGGGGCUGGAGAUCUGGAAUUAUGGGGAUAAGUGUGAUGUAACAGAGAACCCUUACUCCACCCUCAAGUCCUUUCUGGCCUGGAGCAGCAAAGAGAGGCUGCACAGAAAACACGAUAAUGCCCAGCUAAUCACGGGAGUGCCCUUCAAAGGUACCACAGUGGGCUUGGCUCCCGUGAUGGCCAUGUGCUCUGAUUUCCAGUCAGGAGGUGUAAACAUGGACCACUCUGAUAAUGCCAUUGGUGUUGCUGCUACCCUUGCCCACGAGAUGGGACACAAUUUUGGCAUGAAUCACGAUGCUGCUGGCUGCUGCACCACCCCUGCAGCAGAUGGGGGCUGCAUCAUGGCCUCUGCAACUGGGCAUCCAUUCCCCAAGGUGUUCAAUCAGUGCAACAGACAGGAGCUGGAGAAGUAUCUGCAGUCUGGUGGAGGGAUGUGUCUCUCCAACAUGCCAGACACCAAAAGAAUGUAUGGUGGAGGGAAAUGUGGAAAUGGCUACUUGGAAGAGGGAGAGGAGUGUGACUGUGGAGAGGUGGAGGACUGCAGAAACCCCUGCUGUGACCCCAGGACCUGCUCCCUCAGACCUGGUGCUGAGUGUGCCCACGGCAGCUGCUGCCACCAGUGCAAGCUGAUGCCUCCAGGAACUCCCUGCAGGGAGAGGUCAGGGCUGUGUGACCUCCCCGAGUACUGCACGGGCAAGUCCCCGUUCUGCCCCCUCAACUCGUACCAGAUGGACGGGGCUCCCUGCGACAGGGGACAGGCCUACUGCUACAGUGGCAUGUGUCUCACCUACAGGGACCAGUGUGUGCAGCUCUGGGGGCCUGGGGCACAGCCAGCACCAGAUGCCUGCUUUGAGAAGGUCAACGCUGCAGGAGACAUCUAUGGGAACUGUGGGAAAGACAUCUAUGGCAAUUACAGAAAAUGUGACAUCAGAGAUGCUAAAUGCGGGAAGAUCCAGUGCCAGAGCUCUGCUUUGAAGCCCCUGCAGCCCAAUGCAGUGCCCAUAGACACCACAGUGAACACCCAGAGGUGCAGGGGCACCCACGUGUACAGAUCCGACAGCGAGGAGAAGGAGAUGCUGGACCCUGGCUUGGUGCUGACAGGAACCAAGUGUGGGAGCCACCAUGUUUGCUUUGAGGGGCGCUGCCAGAACAUGUCCAUCAUCUUUGAGUCUGAGAGCUGUAGCAAGAAGUGCCAUGGGCGUGGAGUGUGCAAUAACAACAAGAAUUGCCACUGCAACUCGGGGUGGGCCCCCCCUUUCUGCAACCAGGAGGGGACAGGAGGAAGCCUGGACAGUGGCCCCCCUCUGCCCGAAGGCUCUUCAGCGGCUUUGAUAGCUCUGGGAAUCCUGGCUCCCAUUCUCAUUCUCAUAGGAAUCUUAUUGUAUUAUCUGAAAUGCUGGACUAAAUUUGCCUUCUGUUCUCUAAAGAAGACACCUCAAUUCAGUGACCCCUCUGGAACUGGGCAUGCCAACCCUACCUUCCAGCUGAGGACCCCCCAGCAGCAGAGGAAGGUGAUUGGCUUCCCUGAAAUGCCACCCAAACCUCCUCCCCAGCCACCUCCAGGGCUCCAGAUGAGCAGGCAGCAGCCCCCCUCCCUCCCUGGCAGUGUGGGGCAGCCCGUGGGACCGGCGCCGCUCCCGAAGGACGUUCCCCGGAGGACACCCCCGAGCAGGCCAGCACCCCCUGCUCCCAAACCUCCAGACUCUCAGGAUAUUUCGAGGCCCCGGCCACCCCAGAGAGCUUUGCCAGCGAAUCCCGUCCCAUCCAGGAGCAGGGGCUGGCAGGGGAGCAGCCCUGCUGUCCCCCUGCCUCCCGGGCACAGCAGAGCCCCAGGACACCUCCAGCCUGUGGCCCAGAAUGCUGGUGCCUGGACAGCUGGAGCAGUGAACUUGAAAGUGGGACAGCCAGGCUCCUGUGGGAAUUCCUGAAGCAGCCUGUUCCUGCCUGGCUCCAGCUUCACAGGGCUCUGGAUGGCCUUCAUCAUCCAAAACCACGCUCACACCUUCACUGCCAGGGCCAGUGCCUCAGCUCCUCUCCUCCUGCCCAGCCCUGUUUCCUCUGGGGCUCUCCAGGCUGCAGUCAGGCCAGGCAGGAGUGCCCCAGGUACUGGCCAGGCUCAGCUGGACCCUCUCUGCCUUUUCCACGCAGGGAUCACUUGUUUGCACAGUAUUUAAAUGUUACGGUGGAAUAUCCAGGGCAGGGAUGGGGUGAUGGGGGUUUCACAUGUUUUAAAUCAGUUAUUUAAGUGCUACCAGGGAGAACAAGCUGUGAGUGCAGGUGCUGGCCCUCCUGGGCUUUCACGGGAGCCCUGUUGGCUUCCUCAGGCCCCCAUGCAGCUGCAGGAGCAGAUUGGUGCUAUACAGAAUCUGCUGCCUCUGGGGAGGGCAGGAGGCAGCUGGUGCUAACACUCUUCAGUUUAUUCUGUUUACAGGGGGUGGCAAAUGGGGUCCCAACAGGGAGCCAACUGUGGAAAUGUAAUUUGUGGGGCCACUGUGGAUUUUGCUCAGCUUUAGCAGAGGGGAUUAAUUGUUUUCCCCAUAUAACCCUCUACAGCAGCGUUGCAGCCCUUCUGUCCUCCACACUCGCUUGUGUCCCCUUGGUGCUGAAAGUCCCAAAAGCAGCCCCAGCACAGCCCACAAGCUCCAAUCCUUGUCAUUAAAACACACUCCAGGUACGACAGGGCAGCUCUGCCCAGAGCCAGAGGCCAGCAGGAAGCUCAGCAGUGAUGAGACCUCUGCAGUGUGUGGUACUGCCAGCAGAGUCUGUGCUGGGCUGUAACUCAGCAUGGGCUAUCUGCUCCCCAAACCAGUGAGAAACCUACCUGAAAAAACGCCCAGUUGGUGAAACAACCAAAACACUAAUACAAAACAUGGUGCUUUUGGAGGGGAGAUCUCUUACUCCAGGUUUUUUCUCCCGGCUAUGGAUGGAGAGAGCUGUCUAUGUGCACUUUAAGCAGCUGAAGGUUCUGAGCCUGAGCACCCUCCCUUAUAGUUUUUUUCUUCUCCUAGUAGUUUGGCUUUUGCAAUAAUUUGUAGUUAUAUGUAGUAGUUUAUCUGUAGGAUGAUUUAAGUUGCAUUAGUUUUCACAACUUUACUACCUCUUUCUCCACAAGGAAACAGUCCACAUGCCGUGUCUUGAAACUCUCACAGAUUAUUCCUUCUCUUCCUGAUUUUAGACAUUUUCUUACUGUCUAUGUGCCUGGAAAACAAACCAAUCUAAGAAACUUCUUUCUGAAAUAAGGGAGAGCAAGAAAAACACACCACCUUUCUAAUCUUUGGGGUCUUUUUGACAGUUGGAGUGUAUUAUAUAUAAAAAUGUGUAUUCUAACAACCCCCAGACUUGUUGUUUCUUGUAUGUAAUGGCAGCUUUAGCUGAUCACAGUGUAGCAGGACUGUACCUACACUGUCAUUGUUGAUUCAGCCACAAGAACUUGAUCUCACAUCUGAGCUCUCUGAGGCCAGCAGCACUUCUGCUCCAACCUCUGAUCUUCAGCAAACAGCCACUAAAAGUAACUAAAAUUAUUUUCACUGCCUUUCAUGUGAGCAUGAGGUCAAUGUUUCAAAAAAUGCCCCCCAGACACACAAUGCUCAGAGAAUAACUGGACAUGCCCAAAUCUAAUAGAAAACUUUAUUGGAAUAUCACAAAAAUCUCAAGAAGGUAGCUUUAAAUAAGUCCUUUCAAAUUUUCAGAUGUGUGCAAGUUGAGUGAAUGAGACCUGGGGAACUGAAGGAGCAGUAGAAGAUGAUGAAACCUGAUUUUUUUUGAAAGAUAAUAUUACUUGGGAGAACUGAUAACAAAACACAUCUCACUUUCUCUCCUGUCCACAUUUUAACGGUUUACAGUGAUGCUCUCUAUGCUUCUAUGCAAUUACUUGAAAAAUGAAAGUCAAUUCACUUCAGCGCCUUGUGCCUAGUUGUAAUAAAAUUUUUCGGCUGUGAGUAACAAAUACUCUUUCACUGUCUAUUAUUUUAUUACCUCAGUUCAGAUCUUCAUUUUCUACAUGCCAUUUCUACAGGGAGGGCAGGAUUGCUUUAAUGAAAUGCACUUCUGGAGUGACAAAAGAUGAGUCCCAUUUACAGCAUUCUCUAAAAUAAAAUGCACAAAGCAUCAUACUGAUCAGGAUACCAAAACCAAAGCUGGAGUGAGUGACUUGGAUUAUUUUCUGCCACCAAAGGAGGUCGCUGCUGUUUUACUCUGCUCCAGAUGCUCUUUCUGUUCUCAGCUGUCCCUCAGCCUCUUUAUCCUUUGGGGCUACACCAGUAAGAUGAAAUAAUGAAAAGCUUUCAGAUCCACCUGCAACUAUUUUUUUUUUAAAUAACCUUUAUUUCCCUUUCCACAUUCCAAAAAGAUAGCACUGAAAUGUUAUUAAAAUAGGAGACUGCAUCAUCCUCUCUCCCAAAGCCCCACAUUGUAUUUGCUCAGUGAUGCUCACACCCAGGGAUAAUCAGGUGAGCAUCUCAGAGGAGAAGACACCUCAUGGGGGCUCAAAGAAUUUGGGAGGGGUUUCCAAGGUCGAGAUAUUUCCUGAGGAAAACAAUACUUAAUAUUUACAGCCACUUGGUCUUUCAGGCUGAAAAAAUUGUCACAAGAAGUCUUGGAGACAGGGGUAGAGUUUCUGUUGAUGUGGGGUUUACCCUGCCAGAGCUCCCCAGCCUGAGCAGGGACUGCCCUUCCUCAGGUGGGGUCUGGGUCAGGCCCAGCAACUUCACCAAAGCCUGGGCACCAGAGCUGCUCAGGGAAAAAAACCCAAAUAAACAAAACUCCCAUAAAAGUAAUUAACACUGCUUCAGAGAAACUCCUGCAUGUCACAAAAAAAAGCUGAAAAAAAUCUCUCUGUAGAAACACUUCAUGGCUUGAGUCCUGCCAUUGAGCCUGAGUGAGCAGCUAUUGCAAAAUUCACCUUGUUUUGCCCAUAUUCACCAAUAUUCUUGUCCCCUUAUUUGAAGAGCAAGUGAUUAA